AUGAUACCAACUCAGGACGAAGACUACAAGGGGAACACUCAAGACUUAAGCAUCGACCGGGGCCAUCUGAUGCCAAAUGCCCUGCUUAACCAAGUGAAAGAUGCAGCCAACUCUACCUUCACCCUCACCAAUGUCAGCCCACAAUUCGGCGAUUUCAACAAGGGGGCUUGGAAUCAGCUCGAAUGCAUGGUCAGGGAAUUCAUGGAACGAGAAAUAGAAGAUGAAUAUGUUUGGAUCAUUGUUGGAACUUAUGGAUUGUACGGGUCAAUGAACUAUAGGCCUGCAUCAACAAAGAAUAUAAUCGAUAUUCCAGAGUUUUACUGGCAUGCAUUUUGUUACACAGGGACUGGUCAAAAGUCCUCUUACAAAAGUUAA